AUGUAUUUUAUAGGUAACCAUUUGGAUAUUCCUAGAAGCGGUGGCGAGAAUCCUAAUCUUUUGAGCCCCGAAAUGAUCAACCAACGGCGAAACUCUCGCAGACCCAGUAUUUUACCAGUACCAGAUAUGUUCACUAGCAGUACUCUGAAUAUCGCACAAGACGCCACCGACGAGGGCGAUGAAAGCGAAGAUGAACUAGAAGAUGAUGUGCCUUGGAGAUCGCCGAGUGAGAAAAUAGCGUAA